GUCGGUUGUCGUCACAGAGGGAGGAGCUGAGCGGAGCGGAGCGGCGAGAAAGUGUUUCUCUUUCAAAUAAUAAAUUAUUUUCUGGUGAACUUAAAGGGACACGAUCCCGUUUUCUCGGAUCACCUUCUGCAGAAACAGAUAGAGAUGCCACCUGUGCGGUUUCAGGCUGGAGACAUGGUGAUGGGCCGCUGGCCCGGCAGUAACCUGUACUAUGAGGUCAAGGUGCUGAGGUACUCGGUUGAUACUCAGCUGUACACCGUCAUCUACAAAGAUGGCACGGAACUAGAGCUGAAGGAUGCGGAUAUCAAGAGUUUGACCGGGUUCAGACAGGGCUCUGGCCGCUCUCGCUCCCGCUCUCGCUCCCGUUCUCCAGCGCGCACACGUCGAAGUCGCUCGCGCUCUCCAGCAAGAACAUCUCGUCGCUCCUCGUCUCACACCACUGAGACACGCAGAGACAAACUAAAGGACGUGCUGGAGGUGCGCCUCACACCUGUGCCGAUGUCGAUGGUGAACAAUAGCAACAAGGAGCAUGAAAUUAAGGAAGAGAAUGACAUGACUGAAAAAGCUGUUCAGAAGGUAAAGGAGGAACCUGAAAACCAGGUAAGUGGCCGCUACAAUCUCCGCCGCAGAAAGGACCAGGGUGAAGAACGCCCGUUUGAGGCAAAGGGCACAGUGCCAGUCGGGUUCCUGGCCGCAACACAGCAGACCAGCAAGACUACUGACCUGGAGUUUGGAGGAAGGAUCGGUGUGUUCUUUUUGCUGUUGCUGCUUCCUGCGGUGGUGCUGGCGCUGCUAAUUCUCUGUGCCCAGAAGGAUUCUAGUCUCCUCAGCUUUCCUCACAUGCUUCCCCCACUUGACUCUCUCUGGGACUGGCAGGUUUUUGGCAUCACGCUCCUUUGGCUGCUCUUCCAGGCUGUCCUCUCCCUGCUCCCUAUUGGCAAGGUUGCUAAUGGAAUGCCUCUGAAGAAUGGAAAAACGUUGAAGUACCGGAUUAAUGGGUUUUAUGCGCUACUCGUCAGCGUUGUAGCAAUAGGUGCUGGCGUAUAUAACGGCCUGGACCUUGGAUACAUCCACACUCAUUUCCUCCAGUUCUACACCUCCGCCCUGCUCGUCUCCUUCCUGCUCAGCAUCUACCUGUUUGUCCGUUCUCGUUCGGCCCGUGACGAUGAGCGUGCACCAGCUGGCAAUUCAGGUUAUUUGCUGUAUGAUUUCUUUAUGGGACGUGAGCUGAAUCCCCGCAUCAAAGAUUUUGACAUUAAAUUCUUCUGUGAAAUGCGCCCAGGACUUAUUGGUUGGCUGGUGUUUAACUUUGCCAUGUUACACUCUGAGAUGGAGCUUCAGAAACUUGACGCCCCCUCCUCAGCUAUGCUGCUUGUGAACGCCUUCCAGCUGUUUUGGGUUGUUGAUGGUCUUUGGCAUGAGGAGAAACUUCUAACUAUGAUGGACAUAGUGCAUGAUGGCUUUGGAUUUAUGCUGGCAUUUGGAGAUCUGGCCUGGGUUCCCUUCACUUUCACUUGCCAGUCAUACUACCUUGUCAGUCACCCCAGUGACCUCUCUGUGUUUUGGAUUGUUGCCAUCAUCCUGUUAUAUGCAAUUGGCUACUAUGUAUUCCGGAAAGCCAACUCUGAGAAAUUUGCUUUUAGAAAAAACCCUGCCGAUCCUGCCUUAUCGUAUCUGAAGACAAUUCCAACUGCAACCGGAAAGAGCCUCAUUGCGUCAGGGCUCUGGGGUUUUGUCCGUCAUCCUAAUUACCUUGGUGACCUCCUCAUGGCUUUGGCGUGGUCCCUAACGUGUGGUUUUAAUCACAUUAUUCCUUAUUUCUAUCUGAUUUACUUGCUUAUCCUGCUGGUGCAUCGGGAGGCACGGGAUGAGCAUCAGUGCAGAAAGAAGUAUGGUGUGGCGUGGGAGCAGUAUUGCCAAGCAGUGCCUUACCGCAUCUUCCCCAGGGUGUACUGAGAACCCUCACACAGACGUACAACAUUUCUUAAUGAAAACCUUAAUUCUUACAGGAAGAGAGCAGUUGAGGGUGUCGCAGAAAAGCUUUGCAGCUAUUUGGAUCUUGAACACAUUGAAAACAUUAUUUUAAUUAGAAUUAUUUGUAAAAAUAUUUAAAUUUUGCCCUGUUAUGAACUCUCCUGUGUAUAUGAAUGUAUAUACGUUUUUUUAUUUUAUUUUAAUAGGAGCAUUUUCUGCCAUAACUCAUUAUAAAGUGCUUCCUCUCAUGUUCCAGAUAUUGAAGCCUUUGUUUUACCUUUUAUCUUUUGCCGUUUCAUACAACUGCUUUUGUAUAUUGUGUUUUAUGGGAUAUAUAUUAAUUAAUUCAUUGUAUGUAUUCCUUUUAUGUCAUUUACUUUGUUUUUUGUAUAGUGAGAACAGUUAUGCUUUGUUCCAGGACCAGUGCUUUAUCAGAAGAAAAUUCUUGGUCUUGGAUUGAUUUUAACUUUACUUGCUCUGUGGUAUCGUUGUUUGUUUGUUUUUAGUCCAAUUACUUUGCAUAUUUUAUAAGUUGGUCUUCAACAGUUUUUUUUUUUUUUUUUUUUUUUUUGGUAAGAUGUAUAAUUAAUGGCACCAAAUAUUGCAAU